AUGGCACUAUGGUCUUCUAUGAGUGCCCAUUUGGCGCUACUACUUUGCUUUUGCGUGCUUUUAUCGAGAGUAAAUGGACGAUCUCGCAAGGUAUCUGGCCGGAGCGGAGGAGCUUCAGCGACGAAGGGUACGGGCCGGUACCGUCACGGUGGAAAGGUGUGUGCCAAGUCGGAGAGGGCUGGGGCAGCAACAACUGAAGGCGCAAGAUCAUCGGCGCGCGCUUCUACAGCGCGGGCGUGGCCGAGGAUAAACUCAAGAUCGACUACCUGUCGCCUCGGGACGCCAACGGCCACGGCACGCACACGGCGUCCACCGCGGCGGGAUCCGUCGUGGAGGCGGCUAGCUUCCACGGCCUUGGCGCGGGCGCGGCGCGCGGCCGCCAGGGCCCGCAUCGCGGUGUACAAGGCCGUAUGGGGCAGCGCCCGCGGGGCUGGAGCGGCCAAUACAGCCAGCUUGCUCGCGGCCAUCGACGACGCCAUCCAUGACGGGGUAGAUGUCCUAUCACUCUCUCUCACCAGCGAGGAGAACUCGUUCGGUGCCCUGCACGCUGUUCAGAAGGGGAUCGCCGUCGUGUACGCCGCCGAGAACUUUGGGCCGGCGUCGCAGGUGGUCCGGAACACUGCCCCCUGGGUCAUCACCGUGGCGGCGAGCCAGAUUGAUCGUUCGUUCCCGACCAUGAUAACGCUGGGAAACAAGCAACAGAUCGUGGGUCAAUCCCUGUACUACUAUGGGAAGAACUCAACGGGAAGCAGUUUCAAACCUCUUGCAUUUGGAGGCUUAUGCACCGCCGAUUCUUUGAACGGCACGGACGUGAGAGGCCAAGUUGUGCUCUGUGCAUCCGCCAUUGCAUCACUGCUUGCACCUUUCCCAGUGGCACUAGAAAACGUCCUGAACGCCGGAGGCUCUGGUCUCAUCUUUGCUCAGUACACCAUGCAUAUCAUCGAUGCGACAGCUGAUUGUGGAGGCAUUGCAUGUGUUCUUGUGGACUCGACCACUGCCCUUCAAAUCGGCAAAUACAUGGUGGAUGCAAGCUCUCCUGUGGCUAUGAUCGAGCUGGCGCGCACCAUUACUGGUAAGGAGGCACUGGCCCCAACCAUCUCAGUCUUUUCCUCAAGAGGUCCAUCCAUCGAGUACCCUGAAGUAAUCAAGCCUGACAUUGCAGCACCAGGAGCCAGCAUCUUAGCAGCCAUGAAAGAUGCAUACGUAUUUGGCUCAGGGCCAUCUAUGGCAACACCACACGUGUCAGUCAUCGUAGCGCUGCUGAAGGCAUUGCACCCAAAUUGGUCCCCGGCUGCACUAAAAUCAGCCAUCAUGACAGCAGCAUCUGUAACUGAUGAACUUGACAUGCCAAUACUGGCACAAGGAUUGCCUAGAAAGAUUGCUGACCCAUUUGACUACGGAGCGGGGUACAUAAACCCGAAUAGGGCAGCUGAUCCUGGACUCAUUUACGACAUUGACCCUAAUGAUUACAACAAGUUCUUCGGGUGCAGCUUCAAGAAAUCUGUACGAUGCAACGCAACAAUGUUACCUGGGUAUCACCUGAACCUACCAUCCAUCUCCAUUCCAGAUUUGAGGCAGCCGAUUACAGUGUCAAGAACAGUCACAAAUGUAGGUGAGGCCGAUGCAGUUUACCACGCUGCAAUUGAAAGCCCAGCUGGAGUCAAGAUGGACAUUGAGCCAUCUGUUCUUGCAUUCAAUGCCACAAACAAAGUUAUCACAUUUCAAGUGAAGUUAUCACCUCUCUGGAGGUUACAAGGGGAUUACACGUUUGGCAGCCUUACUUGGUACAGUGGCCAAAAGACAGUGCGGAUUCCAAUAGCAAUCCGAACGACGAUUUAUGAUUUCUAUACAGAUGUUGCAUAA